CGAGUGACAACGCUGGUUUCCCUGGUGACGGUUGCCGGGGCAGCGCGUGCCGGCGUCCGGAAGAAGUGGCCUAGCCGCGGCCGGGAGAGGUGCAGAGAGACGGCGGGCAGGAUGGCGGCAGAUGAAAGCUCGCAGGACACUUUGCGGCUCCAGUUCCAGGCGAUGCAGGAGAUGCAGCGCAAACGGUUACAGAAGCAGAUGGAGAGAAAGAGGGAGAAGGAACUGAGCCCCGAAAGCAGAGCCGACGGCCAGGAGGAGCCCUUGGAGGUCCCAGGUGGUCUCAGCCUUCUCCAUGCCGGGGAGCCACACUCGAAAAACAGCUUUGAGAAGAGGGUGCUUGAAGAUGAGAUUGAACACCUUCGAAACGAGCUCAGGGAAACAGUGGACGAGAACGGGCGAUUGUGUAAGCUGCUGAAGGAAAGGGACUUUGAAAUCAAACACCUCAGAAAGAAAAUAGAAGAGGACAGACUUGCCUUCACAGGGACAGCUGGUAUAGCUGGAGACGUGGUCGCCACCAAAAUUGUGGAGCUAUCAAAAAAGAACCGGGUGUUGAUGGCAGAAUCAGAGGGUGCAAAAACCAGAGUGAAGCAGCUGACCAGUCGCAUCCAGGAGCUGGAGCGGGAACUGCAGUCAGCCCUGACCAGGCCGCCAGCCAAGGGGGCUGCCAACGCGGGAGCCGGGCCGCCGAGGACGCGGACGGGAGACGGAGCAUUGCGGGAGACCCCAGAGGUGAAGGCCCUGCAGGACAGGCUGGCAGCCACCACCUUGAAGAUGAGUGACCUCCGUAACCAGAUCCAGUCUGUGAAGCAGGAGCUGCGGGUGGCGCAGAAGGUUUUGGCCAGCGAGGUUGGGGAAGGCAUCGAUGUCCAGCAGCUCCUGUCCUUGCCGGGGACCUGGAGGGGUCGGGCUCAACAAAUUCUCGUUUUGCAAAGCAAGGUUCGAGAGCUUGAGAAGCAGCUGGGCCAGGCCCGGAGCCAGCCUGCAGGAACAGGCAGCGAUGAGUUGUCUGUGUGCCCAGACCCACGGAAGCUGUCGGCACAGGAGAAACACCUGCUGAGGAUCCGCAGCUUGGAGAGGGAGAAGCAGGAAGGCCUGGAGAAACUUGCCGGUGAGCGCGACGCCCUCCAGAGAGAGCUUGAGGAGCUGAGAAAGAAGUGUGAGGGCGUGAGGUCUCGGAACAAGGUGCUGGCGAGUGAGGUGAAGACACUCAGGAGUCAGAUGGGGACCCUGGUGGAGAAGGGCCGGCAUGACGACGAGCUCAUCGACGCCCUCAUGGACCAGCUGAAGCAGCUGCAGGAGACCCUCGGCAGCCUGAGUCUGAAGGAGGAGAAGACGCGACUGUCCCAGCACCACAUGGACCAGCGGCUGAACAGCGAGGCCCAGCGGAGCAGCAGCCUCGUGGCCCAGCUGCAGGCCAUGGUGGCUGAGCGGGAGGCCAGAGUGCAGCAGCUGGAGAUGGAGGUCGGGCAGCUCAGUGUGCAGUAUCUUCGGAAUAAUGGAGCGGGCGAGGGGCCCGGUGUCCCUGAGGUCAGCCCUGCCUGUACCCAGUUCCUGGAGGACCCAGACCUGGCCAAGCCCCCGACCUCGGCCAGUGACCGUGCUGGCAGGCUGGGGUCUUCUCGCUCUGUGACCAGCCUGGGCCACACACUGGUGGAAUCUGCUCUCACGAGGCCUUCCCUGCCCAGUCCCCACAGGACCUCGCCUAGGUUCUCGGACUCCCCAGAACAAAAAGGCUGGCAGGCACGAGUGGCAGAGCUGAAGACCCUUUGGCAGGCUGCUGAGGUCGAGCGUGACCGGCUCGCCGAGUUUGUCACCGUCCUGCAGAAACGCCCACAGAAAACAGGGACCUCGGCCCUCCAGCUCCCAGGAACUGGAAUCUCUCAACACUCGGAACGGGCCUGCAAGUGGAUUUUCCCCCGGAACCUCCGGAGAAGAGCCCAGGGUGGACGAGAGUGGCGGCAAGCUCCUGGAGUCGGAGAGGAAGCUGCAGGAGGAGCGGCACCGCACUGUGCUGCUGGAGCAGCGGCUGGAGAAGACGCGCCUGGAGCCAGGGAGGGCGUCAGCCUCCCAGAGAGCAGCCCCCAGGACCAAAACAGGUCUGCCCACCUCCAACGCCAGGCACAACCCAGCUGGGAGCGAGAAGGACCCGUCGUCUGCCCAACUCUCCGACAUGCCCACAGAAUCCCAAAUGGAAGAGCUGACAACCAGGCUGGCCGUCCAGGGGGAGGAGAAUGAAAUGCUGAAGGCUGCCCUGGCCAGUGCCCUGCAGGGAAAGGAGGAGGACUUCCGGAUGUACCGCGAGAUCCUGGGCCAGGUGAAAAGUGUCUUCCUGCAGGCCCUGCGGCAGCAGAAGACAGACAAGCAGUAGGUGACAGCCCAGUGUCGGCCUGGCCGGGUGGGCAGCCUCGGGUGCCCCAUAGCCACACACCCCAGCUCCAUCUGCUCCGGGAAGCCGGCCCAGGGUAGCCAGCUCAGCUGCUGCUACCAGAAGAGGCUCCUUCAGGAUGACCAAAACCGACGCCGCAGGCCAGGAGGGCAGAAGAGAAGCCCUGGAGGGACACUGAGAGACCCUGCAGGCCGGCCGGGCUGCAGCAGCAGAGAGGCACAGUGGCCCGCUGGCAGAGGUGACAGCUCCGGGACAGCAAGGUGGCUGCGUAUGGCAGACGUGUCCCUUGUCCAGGUGCUCGCCGCCCUGGUCCUAGGCACUUGCCAUGGACGCCCCGUGGCCCCACACACAGGAGAGCCCUUGGUUACUCUGGCUGGGCACGUCCCACGCCACUGAGCCCCGCCCUGUCCCUCACCCCAUCCCGGCUCCAUCUGUAGCCGUCCACGCCCUGCGCAGACUUGGGGCACGGUGCCCUCAGCUGGAUUGUCAGCCGCCCUCAGGUUCUGCCCCAGAUGCAGACCCUCGGACUUGUAAUAAUAAGCAUUUUCAUAGUCACCGCAGCUCCCAGUGAGUAGCAUCUACUGUGGAAGUCUGGCCCCACCCAGUCUUCCAGUAACCCAGGGGAUUGUCACCCUAUUUGACGGAUGAAGAAACUGAGGGUCGCAGAAAGAAGCUGAACUAAUAUUUAACUGCAGUCCGCGACCCAAAACCAGGGUCUUGCCGUUGAGGGGUUAGCCAGGGUCGGCAUGCCCACCCGCCACUGGGCAGCCCCAUCCCAGGCAGCUGCCCUGAGCACCUCCGCCUGCUCACCAAGACUGCGGCUGGUGGGUGCUGGUGGCAGAGGACUGGGGAGGGCUCGGCUGGAGCUUCAGGCAGCUGAAGGUACAGUGUUCCUUCCUUGCCACAGUGGUCUGGGAGGGCUGCUGCAGGGGACCCUAAGGGUCUGCAGGCCUGUGUGUGACUGUCACAGUGUUGCCCUUUCUCAGCUGUAGCUACGCAAUUACAGCUACAGGAAUGAGUGUCCCCACAGAGGGUCCUCCAUAGCCACACACGCCAACUUCAGAUAUCCCGGCCACACAUGUGUACCCACAGGCCCACACAAUGCUGCAGAUGCACACAAGUACAAUUCAGGAGCGUGCAGCUAUGCACGCACACAGGCCUCUCCAUGUGCACACUCACGGAGACCCUGGUGCAGAAGAGCACACGUGGCUGUGGACACAUUCCCACAGGUGAAGACAUAGCCGCUUGUGUGUUGCUUGUGCAGUGAGGCACAGAUGCAGGUGCCCUACUAUGAAAACACCCCCUUCCCCAGGAAAAGCCGUGGGGCUGCUGGAACCCUGUCUUCUCAGCCCCUUCCUUGGGGGUGGGGCUCCGGAGGGACCUGGUGCCAGCUGCCACUCCUCAGGAGGCCUCUGACCCUGCAUGGAGCUCCCACAGCCAGGAGAGCAGCGGCCACGGAGAUGAACUGGUGGUUCUUACGGGGCCCUAGGGGUCUGCAGGAAGGAAGAGUUUUCUCUGGUUCCUUGUGAAGGAAAAUGGCCAGGCAGAGAGUCGGGAGGGAGAGGAUCUGUGCUGGGAGGGGACAGUGUGUGACAGCGAGGGGUGGGCCUCAGGGAUGCUGGGUCUGAACACCUUCUCCUGCAGCACUGGGGAGCCCAGAGGGUGGUGAGUGUGUGGGGUGCAGGCUCCGGCCUCAGGGCAGCUCAGGGAGUGAGAGGCAGGCACAGGACCAGCCGUCCUUCCUCAGGGUCACCUCAGGGAAGUGCAGAGGUGGUGUGACCUACACGCCAGCCUUUCCAGGGUGGUUCUGCCGCCCUUCCUGGGCUAGGUCUGAGAGGAAGGGGCGUCAGUCAUGGAGUCUGAACGGGUGGGGGUGCCUGGGGCAUGCUUCUCUCCCCACCUACCAGCUGUGUGGCCUUGGGCAAGUAGUGUAACCUCUCUGAUCCUCCACAUUCUUAUCUAUAAAAUGGGGACAAUAAAAUCCUCCCUGGGGGGGCUGUUAUUAACAUACAUGUCAGUAGCCCAAAGUUGUUUCAAUAAUUAUUAGUUCUCUGUUUAUUUCUGUACAAGGGGCGUAAAACCAUAGAUUGAUUUCAACAAACGUUAUAUAAGAAAGAGGGGAGAGAAGAACUGCUGAUGGGCAGGCACGGGAAAUCUCGUUUGCACAUUUGGGCAAACCGAUUCCAGCCAACUCUGGGUAUGAAGACGAGUGUUCCAGUUUCCAGACUGUAGGGGCGACCUGGACAGACUGCUGUGUGCCGUGUGUGGGAGUCCCUGUCACGCCUGCUGGCGCCUGCACCAGGCACCUCCCCACCCCCAGCUUGGUUAGAUCAGGUCUGCUGCAUUCCCCCAUGGGAACCCUCUGCAGGGCUCACUGAAGUGAAGCACCCAGUGCCAGAGCAGCUGCUAGCACGCAGUAAGUGCUCAGCAAACACUUGCUGUCCGUCUUCCCUCCACUCGCUCACCAGAACUUGAGCAGUUCCUCUGCCCCAGGCACAGACGUGCCACAGUGAGGCAGGCACAGUCCCUGGCCUCCAGGAACUCCCAGGUCAGCUGGGGAGAGACACAGACUGGUCACAGGUCACCGUUCCAUCCAGCCAGUCGGCCACCAGGCCAUCUGUGAGUGCCAACAGCAUGCCAGCCUCUGCGGGCCUGGGAGGGGCCUGGAGGUGAAUCUGGCUCAUUUCCUCCUUCCAGGGAGUUCCCAGUCCAAUCAGAGGCGUGGGAAACGCCGUGAUGGAGCUGGGCGGGAAGGGCACCUGGCCCCAGACUGCAGCAC